ACACACCUUACUCUCCUCAAAAGACACAUCUUGCCGGCAGCACCACAACUGGCCAGCCACUACUGCUCAACCUGACUCAGACGCACACACACUCCUGCUACAGCCCUCUGGACUGCACUCAGGAUGAGGAUGGUGCUGGGGGACCAGUGGAUAGAGAGCAGUCUGGUUCUGAUGGGCAUUGUGACACUCGCUCUCUCCCUGGGCAACCUCUCCAGCCGAGGACAGGAAGAGGUUGUUGCUUCCAACAGUUUGGAGGAUGAACAAGAGGUGACGACGUACUGGUGGGGGGAGUGGGCCAAAUGGACCGCCUGCACGCGCACCUGUGGAGGCGGGGUGAUGACGCAAGAGAGACACUGUCUCAAGCAGAGAAAGAGAACAACGGCUGGCAAGAACAAUAUGACCUGCACAGGCAGCGCCAAGAAAUACAGCCUCUGCAAUACCAAGGAUUGCCCUUCGACUGGCAGCAGUUUCAGAGAAGAGCAGUGCUGGUCCUUCAACUCACAGGUUUACAGUGGCAAAAGCUAUGACUGGAAGCCCCUCUAUCCUGAUGACUAUGUGCAUAUCUCGAGUAACCCCUGCGACCUCCACUGCACGACCACGGAUGGCCAGCGGCAGCUGAUGGUGCCGGCCCGCGACGGCACGUCUUGCAAGUACAGCAGCUAUAGGGGCGUGUGUGUAAAUGGACGAUGUGAGCCAAUCGGAUGCGACGGCGUGCUCUUCUCCCCAAAAACACUGGACAAGUGCGGCGUCUGUCAGGGGGACGGCAGCAGCUGCAGCAGGGUCACGGGAAACUUCCGGCGCGGGGCCUCCACUCUGGGAUACUCUUUCAUCACCCAAAUCCCAGAGGGCUCCUGGGAUAUUCAGAUAAUUGAAAGGAAAAAAUCUGCUGAUAUCCUAGCGGUGACAGAUCAGGCUGGGAACUUCUUCUUCAACGGAGCCUACAAGGUGGACGCCCCACAGAACUUCCAUGCCGCGGGCACCAUCUUCAAGUACCGCCGGCCCACUGACGUCUACGAGACCGGGAUCGAGUACAUCGUGGCCAAGGGCCCCAUCGAUCAGCCCAUCAAUGUUCUGGUGUGGAACCAGAAUGGCCGCAACCCCUACAUCACCUACGAGUACACGGUGCUACGGGACGCCCUGCCCCCCAUCUCCCAGCCCCCCCUCUACACCGGCCCCGACACAGGGGGCAACGGGGACGUCUCCGUGGAGGUGGGCCACGCGCUGACGCCCCCCCACCAGAACGAGACGGUGUACCACAGCGGAGGAGGAGGAGGUGUUGGGGUGGGGGAAGAGGAGCCCAAUCACGUCUCCAAGCCCGGGUCACAUGACGCGGGAGGCGGGACAGGGGAGGGGCAGAUCAUGGGGCAGGUGUCCAAUGAGGUGUACGCUGAGACGCCAGGGGUGGACUGUGAUGAUGCGGGACCUGUGACGCCACAACAACUGGGCAACACAGAGGGCAACAGCACCAGCAGCGGCCUGCCCAGCGGCCUGGUGGCCCCGCCCCUGGCCACGCCCAACCGUCUCGGGGACAAGAUGGCCGACCCCGACAACCUCAUCUGGAGGCUGCUGAUGGGCGAGGGGAUUGGCCAGGACAAGCUGUCCGUCAACAUCACCACCAAUCAGCUUCUCACUCAGGGCGAGGGCGGCCAGUUCUCGGCCGAUCUGGGGCCGCUGGAGCUGGACUACGGCAGCCUGGAGUCCAACGCCGGGUUUGGGCUGAACGGCUCCACGCUGCUAGAGUUCACACUGGGCCGCAGGAGCAACGAGUCGGGUGACUUGCCCCUGCAGAACAGGACUCUCUUCCCCAGCCUGCGGAAUGGGAACCGCACCGGUCGCACAAGGAAUCAUCAGAAAUUCCUGCAGAAGAAUUUCAAGUUGAGUCCGGCCGAUAUGUACCGCUGGAAACUCUCCUCCCAGGAGCCCUGCAGCAUGACGUGCUCCAUCGGUGUGUCCAGGUCGUUCGCCAUGUGUGUACGUUAUGACGGGGUGGAGGUGGAGGAUAGACACUGCGACGCUCUGACGCGACCCGAGCCGGUCCACGACUUCUGCAUCGGCAGGGAAUGCCAACCCAGGUGGGAGGCCAGCAGCUGGAGCGAGUGCUCGCGGACGUGCGGCGAGGGCUUCCAGUUCCGCCUGGUGCGCUGCUGGAAGAUGCUGUCGCCCGGCCUGGACAGCUCCGUCUACAACGACCUCUGCACCCUGGCCGACCUUGAGCGGCCCCCGGAGCGCCGGCCCUGCAAGAGCCCCACGUGCGGCCCACAGUGGGAGGUGGCCGAGUGGUCCGAGUGUCCCGCCAAAUGUGGAAGCAGGGCCCUGGUGUCACGUGAUGUGAGAUGCUCCGACGAAACGAGGCCUUGUGAUGAGGGAACUCGUCCGCCAGCGAUGAAGAACUGCACUGGGCCGCCGUGUGAAAGACAGUGGACCGUAUCAGAGUGGGGACCGUGCUCCGGGUCCUGUGGACAAGGGAAAAUGGUGCGACACGUGUACUGCAAAACACCAGAGGGGCGAGUGGUUCCGGAGAGCCAGUGUUCAUCAGAGAACAAGCCCCUGGCCAUCCACCCAUGCGGGGACAAGGACUGCCCGCCAGACUGGCUGACACAGGACUGGGAGAGGUGCAACACGACGUGUGGCCGUGGCAUCAAGCAGAGGAUAGUGCUGUGUGCGGGCAUCACCAGCGGGAAGUUCCAGAUCCACGAGGAGGAGGUGUGCAACCCUGAAGCUCGGCCUGAGCACGACAGCACCUGCUUCGAGAGGCCCUGCUUCAAGUGGUACACCACACCUUGGUCAGGGUGCACUAAGACGUGUGGAAUCGGCGUACGUAUGCGAGAUGUGAAGUGCUACCAGGGCAGGGAGCUGGUGAGGGGAUGUGACCCGCUAACGAAGCCUGUUGCCAAGCAGACCUGCGCUCUCCAGCCCUGUCCAACAGAACCUCCAGAUGAGAACUGCAACGACCGUCCUACGACGAACUGCUCGCUAGCCCUGAAGGUGAACCUGUGCAGCCACUGGUACUACAGCAAAGCCUGCUGCCACUCCUGCCGUACUCUCCGCGCCUCCUAGUCAUCUCACCUCAUGUGACAGCUGCACACCCGACCCGUAUAUGACACUUUGACCAAAUCCUCAAUAUAUGACGCCAAAGGCUCUUCCUUUUUGUGUUGCACCUUGAAAAAAGGCAAAGAUACCCCUCUUUGCAUUGCGUCGUGAAGCAGAUGGCUAACACUGUGACAAGCAUGCUUCAGUGACUGUUGAUGUUUAGGGAAACGUUGAAGUCUUGCGUCAUGAUGCAAUGCAAAAUGGGGACCUUUGACCUUUGAACUGUGAGACAUGGGUAUAAAUAUAGGCUUUGGCGUCAUAUAUUGAAGCAUUGGGGUGUGAGACGGGGUUGCACGUACGUCAUGUCUCCUCUCCAGUUCCCAUGAGGCCUUGGGAGGCCCCCGCGCCCCCCCGACCACCAGUGGCAGUAGGAGCAGCAGCAAGGAGUCAUGGUUCACGGCGUGUUUGGUCUCCCACCAUUCAGUAGCGCUUUUCUUGUUGACUUUAUGAUUUCGGAAGACGGGAACCACAGCUGAACUAUGACCUCCCCCCCAUUCCAGACUUCCGGGAGGGGAGGUAUCGUGUUUCCUCCCUCCGUCUCCGCUCCCAUGUACUGUUUUUGCCUCUCUCUUUUUUUGUUCUCCUCCUGCAAGACAACACAUCCUACAUAAAAUAUAGGUCACGCCGGGAGAAAUUAAGGGGCUAGCCAGUAAAAGUUAGUCUGUUUUUUAUGAAUAAAAAUCAUAGCUUUAUUGUUAACAGAUAUUUUCUUUGUUUUUUAAUCUUUUAUUUUACUUACGUGAAAGAAACUCGUGAAUUUGUUUUAUAAAAGUAAAAGUAUUAAAUAAUAUUAAAUAUCCAGCUGUCAAGCUAUUCAGAAUCUUGAGUUUUUUGUUUUGAAGUGUGUUUGGCAUUUUCACUGCUAUUGAAGAUUAAGUACUGUAUUUAAGGGAGAACCAACGUUGCGGUGAUACUGUGUUACAGUAAGUCACACCAGUGGAGAAAAAUGUGCUGUUUUCAUAAUAAGGUGAAAUGGCACCAUGACAGAUCUCUCACAUAAAAUCAGCUCCGCGUGAAAGGACAUUUAGGAGAUUUUAGUAUUUUAAAACGUGUAUAUUCAAAGCAACAUUAGUCUAAUAUGUGCUUAUUUUCAUGGAAGGACUUAAAUUAAGUUAUUUAAUUGUUAUAUUUGCAUGUUUUGAGUGUCAAUAAAUGCUUUCGAUGCUAAAUACACACUGUUCUCACUUUUCAGUUCCGGCUUAGUACCUUCGUUUGCUGUUUUGUCCCUCUUUGACAUAGGCCUACUGUUGGUGUACUUCACUACAUGUUUGUAACAUUUUUUUUUACUUGGGAAAACUGGACACAAAGCUUUAACCACAGCACUUUCAAUAUACAACUGGUAAACUAAUACUCAUAGAUGUAUAAAGUAAAAGUAGAAGCACUGUUACGGGUGUAAUUACAACACUAGUGGCAUGAUAUAGAUGCAACAACUAUAUAAUAUCAAGCUACUUGUAAUUACGUCCAUAACAACACUUCUACUUCUACUUUGUAUAUUUCUGCUAAUACUGCAUAAAACUCUGUAUGCCUUUGGCAGAUUCCUGACACUUGAACAUGUACAUGUUUAAAAUGUACUCACACACACAUACACACACACCUUUGUACAGUUGUUAGUCUUUGUAUUCAAAAUCAAUUCCACUUUUUUACCAUACAUACCAUACACUAUGUGACUGAACAGAAAUGACAAGUGUGUAUGUGUCUUCUGGUUCCCUCUAAACAUACUGGUAUAUGUCAGUGUAUAUAUUUCAAUGCUUUUGCCAAAGGUUUUAACAUUGUAGGCUGUUUGUAUUCACAAAUACCGCUGCCUUUCAGCUUGCCAAAAAAUGUCUUUGAUCUAUAAAAUGUCUGUCCAAACA